GCUCCACGGGGCGUGGGGAGGAGCUGAGCACCAGCGUGCGGCUACAAGAAAUUACGCCCCCACUCCUUUCCUAAAGGACGCCCGCGGCCGGAGGCGACAGCCUCUCCAGCCGCGGACGCACUUCCCUUCCCACUCAGGAAGGGCGGGGGCCGACGGCGCGGCGCGCCCCCACGGCCGCGCAUGCGUUACUCGCAGGCAGCCCCUGAGGAGGAAUCUAGUUGCCAGUUUCACCGCCCCGCCGGGAGUGCGCCUGCGCGGUCGCCUGGUCCCUCCACCUCCGCUUCCCCUCCCCCUGUCGCCCCGCGGGGGCUCCGGGUCCGGCGGGACCAUGUUUACCGGCACCGGCUCCAGUGGGCUUUGUAUAGCUCCCACCAUCAAGAGGUUCAGUGUCUACUGGAGAAAAUUUGUAAAAAGAAAACAACUGCUGUACUUGGUGCUGUGGAUUUAUUGCAGGACAAGGCGCCUCUGUCCAAGAGUCUUUUACUGGUCCCCAGUGCUCUGUCCCUUUUGCUGGCCCUCCUCCUGCCACACUGUCAGAGGUUCUUCGUGUAUGACCUCCAAGCAGUCAAGGACGAUUUCCAGAUUUGGAGGUUGAUAUGUGGAAGAAUAAUUUGCCUUGAUUUGAAAGAUACUUUCUGCAGUAGUCUGCUUAUUUAUAAUUUUAGGAUAUUUGAAAGAAGAUAUGGAAGCAGAAAAUUUGCAUCCUUUUUGCUGGGCUCCUGGGUUCUGUCAGCCUUGGUUGACUUCAUCCUUGUUGAAGCUGCACGGCAUUCCUUUGGUAUCACUGCAGCCAGAAAUUUGCCUUCUGGAUUCCUGGCACCUGUGUUUGCUCUGUUUGUACCAUUUUACUGCUCCAUACCGAGAGUCCAAGUGGCACAAAUUCUGGGCCCGUUGUCCAUCACAAACAAGACAUUGAUUUAUAUAUUGGGACUACAGCUUUUCACCUCUGGUUCCUACAUCUGGAUUGUAGCCAUAAGUGGACUUAUUUCCGGUAUCUGCUACAACAGCAAAAUGCUACAAGUUCAUCAGGUGCUCUGCAUCCCCAGCUGGAUGGCGAAGUUCUUUUCUUGGACGCUUGAGCCCAUCUUCUCAUCUUCAGAACCCACCGGCGAGGCCAGGAUCGGAAUGGGGGCCACGGUGGACAUCCAGAGGCAGCAGAGGAUGGAGCUGCUUGACCGGCAGCUGAUGCCUUCCCCGUCUGCACAAGCCAGGCGGCAGCGACGGCAGCCGGGAGGUAUGAUCAACUGGAAUCGUCUUUUCCCUCCUUUACGUCAGCAACGAAAUGCAAACUAUCAGGAUGGUCGGCAGUCUGAACAAGAAGCAUCCCAUCCUCUAGAGGUUUCAGAAGAACAGGUUGCCCGGCUCAUGGAGAUGGGAUUUUCCAGAGGCGAUGCUUUGGAAGCCCUGAGAGCUUCAAAUAACGACCUUAAUGUGGCUACCAACUUCCUGCUGCAGCACUGAGGGUCCCGCCCACGGCGCAGCGCGGACGCCGCGGCCGGGCGCUGUCCCGGAAUCCUAAAUCAGCCCAGCCCGGUGCUCGCUGGCGCCCGUGUUCUUGGCAUCCUCGCGGCAAAGGGGGGCCCCCGAUGUUCCCUCCCUCCCUUCCUUCAUUCCAGGAUCAUCACUAUUAGAGUAUUGAAAAUAAGUUUGCCAUUAAGUCAGCAUGUAUAUUCUAUCUUUAUUUUUUUAUUGGGUAUUUUCCUUCAUUUGGAGAAUCAUCACCUAUUUCUAAAGUGUUUUAAAUGCAUUAAGAACAGAUUUCUGCAAGCAAUUGAAUAGCACUCCAGAUGGGAAGUUACUGCUAUUUUAAUCUUAUUCUUUUUACUAUAAUGUAUCAUCCUACAUUAUAUCUGAUCAUAAAUGCCAUGAAAGGGGAGGGGAAUAUCAUUCAGAAAGAACAUGUCAAAUUAUUUUUCAUCACUAUUUUUUUUCUCAAAUUUGCUUUCAAACAUGUGGCUGUUCAGCAUCCACAUGUCCAAGCACGUGAGCACUGCUUACCUGCUGCACACAGUACUGGCCACGCUUACAUGAUGAGGGAGAAACAGAAAACUGAAUCCUACUCCACACUGUUCCAGCACAUUCUAAGCUAGGGAAGUUUUCCCAACUCUUUCACUCCAUUAAAAAACAGUGAUUAAGUACCACUGUGAUUAAGGUUCUGGAGUACUCCUGUGAAACUGCCUGGGGUUAAUUUUGCUCAGAAUAUCCAGAGUUAGUCCCACAAGUGGGGGUGAAGAUGGACAGAGAGGCUGGCCGGUGCAGGCUCAGCUCUAGGACAAGAGAAAAUGCCUUGCCUGUCCCAGCUGCAAGGUCAGCCCCUCUGGGAGCAGGUCCUCCCUGGCUCCGGAGGGCUAACUGGGAUCUCAGUGUGACACAGAGUAGACUGCGGAGGGCACUGUCACAGAGAGAAGGGGACAAGGCGGGGAUGGCCUUGAGCAUGAAAAGAUCGAAAGCAAGGUGACUUAAGAUUUAAGGAAAUUGUACGACUAUUCUGUUCUGCAAAAUGAGCAUAAAUAUAUCAAAAUUGAUGCAAAUUUGGACGUGUGAUACUUAAAAUAAAAUUUUUAAUGUGUUUUA